ACAGCGAUGUUAGGUACGGCGUCACUUGUGCUAGAGAGUGUCAGUUCGCGGGAAAAAUACCUGUGUAGUUUAACAAAAUAGCGUGCAUUAGCAUCUGAAUAUUAGACAAAAUUAAUACGAGUUUUGAUUGUUCAUCUGUUUUGACGGUAUUCAUUUAAUUAGUUUGCGCUGACAAUUCACCAAGAGUAGUAUGAACCACAACAUUUCCCCGUCUUCGUCCUAACACGGAAUCCUGCCAGCUCCAUCAUCACAGCGGCCGGCAGAAGAAGCUGGACAUAUAAUAGCAGAUCUGCGACUACAACGUCAACGAGACAAAGAAAAAGGCUGACUGCAGCUGCAAGCAGCUAACUUGCUAGCCGAACCGCCUCAGUCGCCUGAAAAUGAGUUUCUUAAAAUUGGACAGAUUCCGUUUUGACAAGAAAGCUUCGACGCCGAACCAAGACAAGCACAACGGUUCCAUAAGCCCGGAGUCAGAGAAAGAGAAUAAACCAGUUGCUGCUCGCGUGUCUGUGGCGUCCAAGACCCAGUCCAUUAAAUGUCGAGGGAAGGGAGUCAUGUUCGUCGACGACUCCAACAGUGACACCGAGGAUGAAGCGGACAUUAAUAAACCUAUAAGACAGAUUAAAGAGCCAGUGAAGACAGGUGUAAAGAGGGAGAAAAGGGGGGUGAGGAGUCCGGACGAUGGUGGAGACAAGGAGGAGGAAGAGGAGGAGGAGUUGGAGGAUAGAGUGACCCGACUGCUAGACAUGUUUCCUCAGAUACCCAGAGGAGAGCUCCUGGAGGUUGUUCAGAGCACAAGCACUUUGGAGGGGGCUGUGGCACUGUGCCUCAUGCAACAUGGAGACAAGGAAGAUCCAGAUUCCAACAGGAAGAGGAAGCAGGAUGGGUCUUGUAGUUCUCAGGACAGUGAUGUAGUCCAGCCAGCCAAGAAAAGGAGGCCGUCAGUGGAGGAGGACUCGGAACAGGAAGGGGAGGAGCCUAGCUUUGAGAAACAGGAAGCGAUGGUCCGGAAGCUUCAGAGAAAAUUUCAAGACCAGGAUAAGGAGGAGCUUAGGGCGGUUCUGCAAGAACACGGGUGGAACUAUGACGACGCCCUGGAGGUUCUGCGCAUGUUCUCCGAUCAAGAGGAGUCCAGUUUCAGCUCCCCGGAAGACAGGGAGAAGAAACCAGACAAGAGACACGAGCCCAGAGACACCAGAGAGUCUAGAGACCGAGUUAAAGACCACAGAGAAUCCAACAGAAGGGACACCAGAGAGUCUAGAAACAGCAAAGAUGGCACCCGAGACACCAGAGAGUCUAGAAACGGCAAAGACUCCAGAAAGGAGAACCAAACCAGCGGCACCUCUCUUCUCUCAACGUGGCUGACGUCCGCACCCGUAUCCUCUGCACCCUCCAAGAAACCCUCCUCCUCAAUCACCCAGAAACUGUCAAAGUUCGCCAGCGCCACGAGCGUGGCGAAGAAGGAGGCGGUGGAGAGGAAGCGGAAGGCCAGGGCGUCGGACGAGCGAGCCGCCAGCUCGGAAGACGAGGAGGAGGAGGAGACACAGAGUAGCGAGUUUGAGGGCUCGGAGGACGAGCUGGAGUCGGGCUCGGAGGAGGAGGAGGAGGAAGGGAGGAGGAAGGGGCAGGGCAGCGAGUCGUCGGUGAAGAGCCAGAUCCUGCGGUUCUUCCGGGAGGCGUCGGUGGACGAGCUGUCACUCAUCUCCGGCUGUUCCGUUAAGAAGGCCCAGAAGAUCGUGGAGCUGAGACCCUUCGACAGCUGGCAGAGCCUGUCAGAGGUUCUCCAGAGAGAACAGGGCUUGUCCCAGGACCUGCUGCAGGGGUGCAAGGUGGUUCUGAAGGAGAGGACCGUGGUGUUGGGCCUCAUGUCCCGGUGUGAGGGCAUCUCCAGCAAGAUGGUGCGGGGGGUCACACAGGUCAUGAACAAGGAGCCGGCCUCACUCAAACAGCCCACCAUCCUCAACAGCCAGUUGCAGUUGAAGCCCUACCAGCUGAUUGGUCUGAAGUGGCUCCUCCUCCUCCAUCAGCACAAGCUGAGCGGUAUCUUGGCUGAUGAAAUGGGUCUGGGUAAGACUAUCCAGGCCAUCGCCUUCCUGGCCCAGCUCCACCAGGACGGCCUCCACGGUCCUCACCUCAUCACUGUCCCCUCCUCCACCCUGGAUAACUGGGUUCGUGAGCUAAAGCUGUGGUGUCCCAGUCUGAAGGUGUUGGUUUACUAUGGGUCCGUGGAGGACCGGCGGUACCUACGACACGACAUUCUGAACGACCAGGUGGAGUUCAACGUCAUCGUGUCAACUUACAACCUCGCCAUCGGCAACGACAGCGACCGCAGCCUGUUCCGGAAGCUGAAGCUGGAGUACGCCGUGUUCGACGAGGGCCACAUGCUGAAGAACAUGAACUCUCUACGCUACCGCCACCUCAUGGCCAUCAACGCGGAGCAUCGUCUGCUCCUGACAGGAACUCCUAUGCAGAACAACCUUCAGGAACUCAUGUCUCUGCUUAACUUCAUCAUGCCCAACAUGUUCUCCAGCUCCACCUCACAGAUAGCCAAGAUGUUCUCCAUGAAACCCCUCGAGGAGCAGAGCAGGUUCCAGAGAGAUCGCAUCACUCAGGCUAAACUCAUCAUGAAGCCCUUCAUCCUGCGACGCGUCAAGAGCCAGGUUCUGCAGCAGCUGCCAGCCAAGGUGGAGAAGGUGGAGUUCUGCUCCAUGAGUGAGAAACAGCAGCAGCUCUACCAGGACCUGCUGACCAAACUGAAACGCACCACCACAGGAGAGAAGAGGGAGCUGUGCAACGUGAUGAUGCAGCUGAGGAAGAUGGCUAACCACCCCCUGCUGCACAGACAGUACUACACCUCAGAGAAGCUCCACUGCAUGAGCAAGCUCAUGCUGAAGGAGCCGAGCCACUUUGACGCGGACGCGGCCCUGAUCCAGGAGGACAUGGAGGUGAUGUCUGACUUUGAACUGCACCGUCUCUGUCAGCAGUACUCCACCCUCAGCUCCUACCAGCUGGACACGGACACCCUGCUGGACUCCGGAAAGUUCCGCCUGCUCACCCAGCUGCUGGCCUCCAUCAUGGAGAAGGGAGACAGGGUGGUCCUCUUCAGUCAGUUCACCAUGAUGUUGGACAUUGUUGAAAUCCUGCUGAAACACUUGAAGCAUCGCUACGUCAGACUGGACGGGUCCACGCCCAUAGCUGACAGAAUCGUUCUGAUCGAUGAGUACAACACCGACCCGGAGAUCUUCGUGUUCCUGCUGUCGACGAGGGCGGGGGGGCUGGGCAUCAACCUGACCUCUGCGAACGUGGUCAUCCUGCACGACAUCGACUGCAACCCCUACAACGACAAGCAGGCGGAGGACCGCUGCCACCGCGUGGGCCAGACCAAGACGGUGAAGGUGAUCAAGCUCAUCAGUAAGGACAGCAUCGAGGACUGCAUGCUGACCCUGGGACAGAGGAAACUCAAACUGGAACAGGACAUGACCGCUGCGGAGGAGGGAGACGAGGGCAGCAUCCCAGAAGACCUGGCCUCUCUGCUGAAGGCUUCACUCGGUCUGUGACACUGCUGGAGUCUGUCUCCCCACACACACACACACACACACACACUCAUUACCUCCCCACACACUCACACUCAAUACCUCCCCACACACACACUCAAUACCUCCCCACACACACACUCAAUACCUCCCCACACACACACUCAAUACCUCCCCACACACACACUCAAUACCUCCCAACACACACACUCGAUACCUCCCCACACACACACUCGAUACCUCCCCACACACACACUCAAUAACCUGUCAGUCUCUCACACACACACACACACACACACAUUACCCCACCAAUCUCUUCCAAAUCCACACACACCUAAAGACCAGUCCUCACAGGUGAGGGGAGUUAGGUGAGGUCCAGGUCUUCAUACAUACUUGAACACAGUACUUAUCCUUGGAACUACUGGUCAGACUGUACGGAUCUAAACCCAACUGCCUGUAAGGACCUACCUUUCAACAACCAGUGAGGAACUAAUAGCAUUUAAAAUCAGUCUUUAUCAUAGUCAUAUUUUUGGAACGGGGCAGGGGGGUCUAUCCGGCUCCCUCAUGACCCGUCCUCGUGUGCUGGGGUGGAGCGUUGAUGCCUUCACAUGGUCACAGCGCCACCUAGCGGUGUGGAGGGGAAUAUCAGCCAGCCUUAACCCCCGGCCAUGUCGGUCGAGCUGCACAAACCUACUAAUCGGCUUGAUCGAGGGGGGAGGGCGAAUCGACCAAUGACUGAGGCCUUUUGGGGGAGCAAAGCCGGGAACCACGGCGACCCACUCUCGGUCGUUCUUCGCUGCGAUCAGCGCGCCGACCGCGCGAAACCCCGCCCAGAAACACGUCCGCCGACCAGUCGCCUUCGUCCUGAAUGCGCCCGUGAAGAUCUGAAGGGGACUGGAUGGGGCCAAGCAACAUGGCUGCGCUUCUGGUUAUUAACAUGUGGGUUUGACCAAUUCAGUCUCUUCCUAACUUCUCAGUAGCAGAGGAUGAGGUUGUGCUGAUUGGGAGAACUGAGACACCUGUGUAAUGACAGUUACAUCCUGCAGGGGGCGAGAGAGUUCAGAGCAGUUUUUGUUUGUGAAUCGUGACUGAUGUGUCGUACUGUAAAACCUUGUUGUUUCCAAACUGUUACUUAUUUGUUUGUAUUUUUUGUAUGUCCCUGUUGUAACAUCGACAGGUUUGCCAAUACUAAUAAUAAAAUUUUCAG